AUGGAGAGCCUGCUGGAGAACCCGGUGCGCGCCGUGCUCUACCUCAAGGAGCUCACGGCCAUCGUGCAGAACCAGCAAAGUCUCAUCCACACCCAGCGCCAGCGCAUCGAUGAGCUGGAGCGGCGUCUAGACGAGCUGAGCGCGGAAAACCGCAGCCUGUGGGAACAUCAGCAGCUGCUGCAAGCCCAACCUCCGCCCGGGCUCGUUCCCCCGCCGUCCGCCCUACUGCCUGCUCCUACAACAACCGCUCCGGCCGCCACUGCGGCCCAGGAGCCUCUCCAGGACCACGGACAGCUCACACUCGCCACGCCGGAGCCGCCGCUUCAGCACCACGGACAGCUCCUGGCGCAGCCCCAGCCUAGCGGCAGGGUUCAGGCUCCCCAGUCGCCCCACCAGCACUCCGUGGCACCGGGGGCCGCAGCGGAAAAGGAGAAGGAGCGUCCCCCGAGUUGUUGCGCUGCCGCCGGAGCCCUGCUUCAGCACACAUCCCCCGCCGCCCUCGGCAAGGGCGUCCUGAGCAGGAGACCCGAGAAUGAGACCGUGCUGCACCAAUUCUGCUGCCCUGCCGCUGACACCGAGCAAAAGCCUGCCUGCUCUGACCUGGCUUCCCAAAGUGAUGGCUCCUGUGCCCAGGCCGGUGGGGGCAUGGAGGACUCCGCGGUGGCAGCCGGCAGACCCAGUGCCCAUGCCCCGAACGCUCAAGCCCAGGAGCUACAGCAGGAGGAGGAGCGACCGGGGGCGGGGGGCUCCCCACGGGCUGGCCCCCUCCGCGCGGCCUCCCCUGGCCAGCAGCAGCCUGCCCUGGCGACGGCGCUCUGCUCCCACACCCCUGCUGCCUCCGAGUACGAACUCUCCCUUGACCUAAAGAAUAAACAGAUUGAAAUGCUAGAACACAAAUACGGGGGCCAUUUGGUAUCCCGACGCGCCGCGUGCACCAUCCAAACCGCUUUCCGCCAGUACCAGCUCAGCAAGAACUUUGAGAAGAUCCGUAACUCGCUCCUGGAAAGCCGCCUGCCCCGGCGGAUCUCGCUGCGCAAAGUGCGGGCGCCCACAGCCGAGAGCCUUGUGGCGGAGAAGGCGCUCCUGGAGGGCUGCGGACUCCUGGGGCUGCCGCUGGGGCGCUCGCCCUCCCUGCCACCUACCUUCGCAGGGUCGCUCACCGAGCUGGAGGACUCCUUCACCGAACAGGUGCAGUCCUUGGCCAAGUCCAUCGACGACGCCCUCAGCACCUGGAGUCUCAAGACCAUGUGCUCAUUGCAAGAGGGUGGCGCGUACCAACUCCACCAGGCCCUGCACCAGAGUGCCGGACAGCCAGGCCUGGAAGCCGAGGCGCGGGAGCCCGAAAGUGGCCCAGGGUCUGGAGAUGAGGCCAGCGGCCUGCCGCAGGGUCACAGCAGUACCCUCAUGAUGGCUUUCCGGGAUGUCACAGUGCAGAUCGCUAACCAGAACAUCUCUGUUUCCUCUUCCACCGCCCUGUCUGUGGCCAACUGUCUGGGCGCACAGACCACCCAGGCCACAGCUGAGCCAGCGACCGGCCAAACGGAGCAGGGGGAUGCCGCGGCUCAGGAGGUCUCCGAAGCCCCAGCCUCGGAACAGGAGGAACCCCCCAGUGAGAACUUAGAAGCGGUGGAGAGCCCAGCCCAGGGCGCACAUGAACAGGUGGUUGCGGAGGCCAUGGUUGAGGAGGCAGUGGCCGAGGAAGCAGCGGAGGAAGAGGAAGAGGCCGGGCAGGCAGGGAAAGGGACCGAGGCGGGCGACAACUCUGAGCAGCUGAGCAGUAGCAGCGCAUCCACCAAGUCCGCCAAAUCUGGCUCAGAGGUUUCUGCCGCUGCCUCGAAGGAGGCCCUGCAGGCGGUGAUUCUAAGUUUGCCGCGCUACCACUGCGAGAACCCAGCCAGCUGCAGGUCCCCCACGCUCUCCACUGACACCCUGCGCAAGCGACUUUACCGCAUUGGCCUCAACCUCUUCAACAUAAACCCGGACAAGGGCAUCCAGUUCCUGAUCUCACGCGGCUUCAUCCCUGACACUCCCAUCGGCGUGGCCCACUUCCUCCUCCAGCGGAAAGGCCUGAGCCGCCAGAUGAUAGGAGAGUUCCUGGGCAAUAGCAAGAGACAGUUCAACCGCGACGUGCUGGACUGCGUGGUAGAUGAAAUGGACUUUUCCAACAUGGAGCUGGACGAGGCCCUGAGGAAGUUUCAAGCUCACAUCCGCGUGCAAGGGGAGGCCCAGAAGGUAGAGCGCCUCAUCGAGGCUUUCAGCCAGCGCUACUGCAUGUGUAACCCCGAGGUGGUACAGCAGUUCCACAACCCAGACACCAUCUUCAUCCUGGCCUUUGCCAUCAUCCUUCUCAACACGGACAUGUACAGCCCCAACAUCAAGCCUGACCGGAAGAUGAUGCUGGAAGACUUUAUCCGAAACCUUCGAGGUGUGGAUGACGGCGCUGACAUCCCCAGAGAGCUGGUGGUAGGCAUCUAUGAAAGGAUCCAGCAGAAAGAGCUCAAGUCCAAUGAGGACCACGUCACAUACGUUACCAAGGUGGAGAAGUCCAUCGUGGGCAUGAAGACGGUGCUGUCCAUGCCACACCGCCGCCUGGUCUGCUGUAGCCGGCUCUUCGAGGUGACUGACGUGAACAAGCUCCAGAAGCAGGCCGCACACCAGAGAGAAGUGUUCCUCUUCAAUGAUCUCCUGGUGAUUCUCAAGCUGUGCCCGAAGAAGAAGAGCUCCUUCACAUACACCUUCUGCAAGGCAGUCGGCCUCUUAGGCAUGCGUUUUCACCUCUUUGAGAACGAGUAUUAUUCCCACGGCAUCACACUGGCAACUCCACUCGCGGGCUCUGAGAAGAAACAGGUGUUGCAUUUUUGCGCCCUGGGCUCUGACGAGAUGCAAAAGUUUGUGGAAGACCUGAAGGAGUCCAUUGCGGAGGUGACAGAGCUGGAGCAAAUCCGGAUAGAGUGGGAACUGGAGAAGCAGCAGGGAACAAAGGCUCUCUCUGGAAGGUCUGCCGGAGCCCAGGGGGACCCACAGUCGAAGCAAGGAUCACCCACAGCCAAAAGGGAAGCCAUGGCAGGAGAGAAAGCAGCGGAGAGCUCGGGGGAGGUGUCAAUUCACAACAGGCUUCAAACGUCCCAGCACAGCCCCAGAUUGGGGGUCGAGAGGGGAGAGCCACCACCGCCAUCACCACCGCCGUUGCUGCCAGACCCACAGCCUAGCCCCCUGAGGGAGCAGCCCCCACCGCUGCCGCCGCCGCCACCCACACCCCCAGGCACCCUGGUGCAGUGCCAGCAAAUUGUCAAGGUCAUUGUCCUGGACAAACCCUGCUUGGCCCGCAUGGAGCCCCUGCUGAGCCAGGCUCUGUCCUGCUAUGCCUCAUCCUCCUCAGAGUCCUGUGGCUCCACACCCUUGCGUGGUCCAGGCUCCCCAGUUAAGGUCAUUCACCAGCCCCCGUUGCCCCCGCCCCCACCCCCAUACAACCACCCCCAUCAGUUCUGUCCACCAGGCUCUCUGCUUCUCCGGCGCCGCUGUUCCAGUGGCUCGAGGAGCCUGGUGUAG